UCCGUGCCGCGCGGACGCUCGCGUUUUCCGCUACGACACAUACGUAUACUCAAUAUGGCAACAGGAUAGUGCUGUGUGGAAUAGUGAUUGUGACGACUUUUUGAUGUUUGGUCGGUCAAUACGCAAUAGUUGACUAACUAGAAAGCAUGAAUUGUGACAAAUUUUAAUUGGAUUGCGGUUUGUGACAAUCUUUUUUCAAAACGCUAAGAGAUGUGGUCGUGAUUUGGACGAAGUUUUUCGCGCGUUCCAAAUUCGAACGCUUUUGAAAAUAUCGUUCGAUUUUUGAAUAAAAAUGCUGGCCGUUAAGAAUUUCUUUAUGCCCGAGAAGCGGGUGGACUCGCCUCGUUUCUCGAGGAUGCCCGAGGCUUUGAUGAGGUCCAUUAGGAGGAGGUCGUUAAGGGUGAAAAGGACCAAGUCGCUGGUGCUUGUCAGCGAGAAGAGGAAAUCCGAUUCAUUCGUAAACAGCCAAGAAUGGACGGCCGCGCGAGGUGUCACAGAAUUACGAGUUGGUGUAUUAGGAUCACCGGACAGCGGAAAAUCUGCGCUAGUCCAUCGGUAUCUAACAGGGGCAUACAUGCAAGAAGAAAGUCCUGAAGGCGGGCGCUUCAAGAAGGAGGUGAUCAUCGAUGGCCACAGCUACCUCCUGCUUAUAAGGGACGAGGGGGGCUCCCCGGAGAUGCAGUUUACUGCCUGGGUCGACGCCGUGAUCUUCGUGUUUAGUCUCGACAACGAGGUCAGCUACAACACAGUCUCCAACUACUUCAACAAAAUGUCUCACUAUCGAAACUCUGCCGAGAUACCGAUUAUUUUAGUUGGAACACAAGAUGCCAUAAGUGAAAGUAGUCCACGCGUCGUGGACGACAACCGCGCUCGCAAGCUGUCAAAUGAACUGAGAAGAUGCUCAUACUACGAGACCUGCGCUACGUACGGAUUGAAUGUCGAGCGCGUGUUCCAAGAUGCGUGCCAGAAGAUCGUUGGUUCGAGGCUGUCGGCAUCGCAGCAAUGCCUGACGGGAUCGCGACCUGUGACGCCUCAGCCCUUGGCGAACUCUCCCAGUCACAAUCAUUCCACAUUCCUAUAUAAGGACUCCCUCCCACGAGGCCACCACACGCUCUCAGCCUCCUCCCACCACUUACACCGAGGAGCUUCAUCCUUCGACGCCUCCUCAAACAGCAGUGGCAUCUCAUCCACUCAUGUGGUGGAGAUCCACAGCACAAAUGGCUCGGAUACCUCUUCAAGAUGGGGCAAUUCCCUUGGAAGCCAUGGAUCGAGCUCUGGUCUCGUGUCUAUUGCUACGGAGAAUAAUAAUGUGAAGUUUACACAGCCACAUUGCUUAGACAACCUCCAAGUCAAAGACAAAGAUCUACCAACACCAUCAUCCACACCCACCACCUCCAGAAAGUCACGGAGAAGAUCGAACCUCUUCACUCCAUCAAAGAAAGGGGACGACAGGCUAAAGAACGGAGAACUAGGGUCCGGUCGGGCGAUACCCUUGAAACAGGGGUACUUGUAUAAGAAGAGUAGUAAAGCUCUCAAUAAGGAGUGGAAGAAGAAGUAUGUGACGCUGUGCGAUGAUGGGAGGUUGACGUAUCAUCCUAGUUUACAUGAUUACAUGGAGGAUGUGAACGGCAAAGAGAUCUCGCUACAAUACGUCACAGUGAAGGUUCCUGGGCAAAAGCCUAGGGGCUCCAAGUCCAUCAUCACAACAGUGCCGGGGUACAACGGCUACAGCAGUCUGGAUCUACAUGAUAGUAUCGGGGGACUGAGUCUCGGAUACAAAGAGAAACCAGUCCGCGUGACAGACAAGGCGUUGAUGUCUGCGUUUGACACGCUCAAAGAGCCGGCGUCGAGUCGGCAAUCGCUUGCGUCUGAGGCUGAGGCUAAUGGCGAUAAAGACACGCCGCAUGUCAAGAAGCGGCAUAGGCGGAUGAAGAGUAGCGGUGUGAAGAAAGACGGAGAUGAAGAUGGCGAGAGCGGCGCGUCGUGCGAGUUCACCAUAGUGUCGCUGGACGGCAAGCGCUGGCGCUGGGAAGUAGGUGGCGCUAGCGGCGCGGCCGCCGCCGCCGAGAGAGACGCCUGGGUGUGCGCUGUGGAGGCGCAGAUACUGGCUUCGCUGCAAGGAAGGACGUCCCGAUUACCAGCGCCAACGGGCGCCAAUUCUACAGGCGAUGUUCGCGCCACGUAUUAUAUUCGACGGGUCCAUGGGAACGACAAGUGCGCAGAUUGUGGGGCCAAUGAUCCUGACUGGGCGAGCUUGAACCUUGGUGUGUUAAUCUGCAUAGAGUGCUCCGGCAUUCACCGAAAUCUCGGAUCUCACAUCUCGCGAGUACGCUCAUUAGAUCUGGACGAAUGGCCAUUGGGUCACGUGAGCGUAAUGGUGUCAAUGGGUAACUCGCUGGCGAACAAUAUUUGGGAGGCAGACCUUCGGGGGCACAUCAAACCUAUCGCGUCUUCAAGUCGGGAAGAGAAAGAAAGGUGGAUCCGUCUAAAAUACGAACGCCGAGCGUUCCUUUCCUCCACUGAAGUACCCACCGGCGUGGAAUCCCUCCUCACAGCCUCGUCUCGUGGAGCCAUUUGUUCUCUAGCGCGGAUGCUGGCAGUACCGGCGCCGAGGGCACCCACGCCCGCUGAACGGGCGCUGGCCUUGAGAGCCGCGGCGGCAGCGGGGCAAUUACCUGCUGCACAGUUGCUUAUAUGGCACAACGGCAACCCGAACUACCCCGACGCGGACGGGCACACGUGCGUGUUCUACGCGCGCGCCGCCGCCAACCACCUCUCCGGCGUCCCCCCCCACUACCCCAAGCACCUGCAGCUGCUCUGCCCCCUCCACCCCAACCCCCCACAACCUGCAGACAACGCUUCUAAUACAAGCUCCAACUCCUCCAACAAGAGUAAUCUUAAGAACCCCGAACCGGAGUGCAAUUGCAUUAUCUUCGAACUUCUCAACGCUCAGAGCGCGGCCAAUGCCCUAGUCGAACUUCUCAUCGGCUUACAGAACAACCAGUACAUGAACGGAUACGAAAGUAACGGUUUCAGCCAUGGAACUCUAGGGAGGGGAUCGUCCCUCGGAGGCUUAGGCGGCAAUCUGUCGCUGACCAACGGAAAGUGUGGGAGUAUCGUUUAAUUUCUAUGUUACCGUAUUUGUUGGUAUGUAAUUUAUUUUUCGUUCGGUUAGGAUGUGUUUAAAUAAAUGAUUAACGAAAUUAUAAGUGAAUUUUAUCUGUCAAUUUGGAGAUACUUAAAUUAUACCCGUUAGAGGUAGGUAGAAGUGUAUAGCCCUAAUUUAUCACAUAUCCGAUAGUUCAAAUUUUUUGUUCCGUUUUUAGACUAAUAUAUCCGCAUUUUUGUAUUAAAAUACGAAUUCGUUGGAAAAGGACGGAGAUAUACGAAUGUAAUGUUAGGUCUCUUUCUGGUUAUCGGUGUUGAUUCGAAUUUAGGAAUUUUGUAACAGAGUAACUGUUAUCAUUGACUUUAUACUGUAAAUAUCUUGAUUGAUAAAUAGAUAUUGUUGAACUGUCUCUCCUGUGACUUCCGGUCAAAUGCAUAGACAAAACAAAACUAAUAUCUGAAGUAAAUUUGACAACUGAAAAGAUGGAGGCACUUUACAUUAUGGGGUAUAGGUGAAAAACAUAAGAAAGUCACCUGUUGUAUGUGUGAGUGACGUGUUCGAAUAGAUAACACAUAU